AUUGCUUGUUGCUACGAUGGAACGUCUCUUACAGCUACUUUUCGCAGCAAGUGUUAUAUAUUUGAGUUUAUCCACCGCGCAUGAUGGACCACUGAUCCACACCAAGCUGGGAGCCCUUAGAGGUGAAUACUUGCGCGUGAGGGGAAAGACAACAGUGGUCCACUCAUACCUGGGCGUGCCCUUCGCUAAACCACCUGUAGGACCCCUCAGGUUGGCCCGUCCCCAAGCUGUGCAGGGAUGGGAGGGGGUCAGGGAUGCCACCAAGCAGCCAUAUAUGUGUCUACAGGAUCUACAGAUAUCUCUAGACUAUGCGGAAAUGAUUAGCAUGGCUGUUGAGAUUCCUGAGGUGUCCGAGGAUUGUCUCUAUCUGAAUAUUUAUACUCCUGCCAAACCUGCUGAAGAUGCUAAAUUACCUGUCAUGGUGUGGAUCCAUGGUGGAGCAUUAGUCAUGGGCUCCGCCUCCUUUUAUGACGGAUCUGUCCUGGCAGCCUAUCAGAACGUAGUUGUGGUCCUGAUUCAGUACAGACUUGGAAUGUUGGGCUUUGUCAGCACAGGGGAUGAUAACGCCCCGGGAAACAUGGGUUUCCUGGACCAGGUGGCUGCACUGCAGUGGGUCCAGGAGAACAUCCAGAGCUUUGGAGGGGAUCCCUCCUCUGUCACCAUAUUCGGAGAGUCAGCAGGGGGAGUGAGCGUGUCUCUGCAGGUUCUUUCACCAUUGAGCACUGGACUUUUCCACCGCGCCAUUGCAGAAAGUGGGACUGCAGUCAUGGAAAUCGUCAAAAACCUUCAGCCUAUGGACACAGCUAUGAUUGUGGCAAAUGUAUCGAACUGUGUUGGCACCAAGCCACACCAGAUUGUUGACUGUGUGAUGCAAAUGUCGACUGAGGAUAUUUUAAAGGUCAUCAAGAAUACAGGCUGGAUCUAUGGGGUUACGAAGGAUGGACAUUUCAUGCCAAAAAAUGUAAAAGACAUUUUUGAGUCUUGGGAGUUCGACAAAGUACCGUUAAUUAAUGGUGUCACAGAUGAUGAUUGUGGGUGGUUAAUGCCUGAGUUUAAUGCUCCACCUGGUUGGUCAGAGGGAAUGAAUCGUGAGACGGUCAAAAAAGUAAUCACCCCCUUCGUCCCCAACGCAGAAGACUGGGCCAUUGACUUGGUUUUGAAUGAGUAUUUGGGUAGCGGGGAGGACGGCAUCAAAAACAGGGAUGGAUUCAGAGAGCUCUAUGCAGACCUGAUCUUCAAUAUUCCUACCAUCCAGUUGUCAAAUGCUCACAGAGAUUCUGGUGCACCAGUUUACCAGUACGAGUUACAGCACCCUCCAAGCAUAGUCGUAGACAAGCGUCCAAGCUUUGUCAAGGUGGACCAUGGAGAUGACAUUUUAUAUGUCUUUGGAAGCACCUUCAUGAGAAGUCAUGUCAAGAUAAAAGGCACUUUCACAGAGGAGGAAGACGAGCUCUCUAGAACAGUCAUGUCCUACUGGGGCAACUUUGCACGCACCGGAUCUCCCAAUGGUGCUGGGUUAACCCACUGGCCUAUGUACGGUGCUGGGGGAGAGUACUUGGAGAUUGGGCUAAAGCAGCAGGUGGGAAACCAUCUAAGGGCCGACCGCUUCACCUUCUGGACAGAGACACUUCCCAAGAAGAUCCAGGAGAAGCAGCAGCAGCGCAGUGACGAGCUGUAGACGGCUUAGCAUCCACUCUUCUCUUUCCUUUUAAAGGGAAUCUCCGAGUUUUGCAUCUGCAAGUUUAAACAAUUGUGAAUUCAUACCAGGUGAAAAAUCAUUUUAGAGACAUGCCAACCUAUUUUCUUCCCUUAGCAGUUCUCCUGUGCUUAACACUUUCAGUAUUUGUCAUGAUAUGUAUAAAUACAGAUAAUGUGAAAGGCACUAGAGGCGCUGUUGUUGAAUAAACGAACAUCAAGAUCUUGUCACUGCACGAUGGUGCAUCGCGCAUGCUCAGACACAAACGGUUUACGGCAGAAGGCUCAACAUCAACAUAUGGGGUUGUCUUAACAUAUAAUGUGGGUAUAUUUAAUGUAAUAAAUGUAAUGCUGAGAAAACUAAAAAUGUUACCUCUUCAA